UUAUGACAGUCCAUGGGAGCCUUAAGAAAAAAUAAUAUUCACUAGAAAAGCUAACAGUUAACGAUAAUUGCUUGAAAAGAAUAUAAACGUCUUCAUUCCUCUCAAACAGCGGAACUUCAUCUGAAACAAUGGAGGUUGUUAAAGCUUUACCCUUCAUUGUUUUCUUCAGCUACAGUAAAUGCGAGUCUCUCCAAACAAGUUUACUACACGCAGCCAGGCAGCGUCUUAAUGGGCAGGAUUACCUGGAGGAGAACUUAGGCAUCAGUGUCAGCAUUAUGGUGGCUCAGUUUCUUCAGGAUGCAACUUAUGAAGAAGUCCAAACCAUAGCUAAAGAGCUGCUGAACCUUGCUGAAAAGUGUAAGCGUCUCAAGCCCCAUGAGUCACCCUCAGAGUGUGCUCAUCAAUUGAUGGCCACUUUCCUUACACAUAUUUGCAACAACCAAGGACUGGUGGCUAGUCAUGUGUUCCCUGACUGUUGUAAGAUGAAAACUGCAGCAAGACUCAGGUGCUUCCUGUCUUACAAGAAAGACGAUGCAGACGGCCAUGAUACACCCCUGAUUCUAAGGUCUGAACUGACCUGUGAGGCAGCUGUGGAGAAUAAUGUGUCCCCGAAGGCGAGGUUCAGCUAUGAAAUAUCUAGAAGACACCCAUUCUUAUACGGACCCACUAUCUUGACCAUGUCUGCUUGCUAUGAAACAGCUGUUCAGUCAUGUUGUCAAGAAGAGAAUAAAACAGAGUGCCUGCGGACAAAGCUAGAACCCAUCAGAAAAUACAUUCGGGGAAUAUCUGCGAGACAUCAUCACUUAUGUGAAAUUGGCACCAAAUUCAAUGAGAAAGUGGCAAGUGCAGUAGAGUUGAUUCUACUCACUAAAAAGCAACCUAAAGCUAAUUUUUCUGAAAUCACCAAAUUGACCAUGGAUGUUAAAAAUUUGCAUGAGACCUGUUGUGAAGGGAACACAUUAUCAUGUGCCCUGGGCAGUCACCAGCUUAUGAACUACACCUGCUCUAACCAGGCCAUCUUAUCUAGCAAGUUUGCCGAGUGCUGUGAACAGCCAGAGCCAUUCCGAGGGGAAUGCAUCAUCAACUCAGAAAAUGAUGACAAGCCUGACCUUUCACCCCUGCAGCUCACAAGGUUUACAGAAGACCGGUCUGUGUGUGAACAAUUCAGCGGCAACCAGGAUGCCUUUGGACAGGAGUUUCUUUAUGAAUACUCAAGAAGACACCUGGAGUUGGCGGUUCCCGUGACCUUAAGAGUCUUUGAAACAUACAAACGUGUCCUGGAGAAAUGUUGCAAGCUAGAAAACCCCUUGGAAUGUCACCAGCCUGGGAAAGAGGUGUUCCAAAGAGUGGUACUUGAAAGCCGUGACCGCGUUAAAACUUACUGUGACUUACAGAAGCAGCUGGGCAGUAGCAGCUUUCAGGACAGGCUCACAGUGCUUUAUACUAAGAAAGCCCCGCAGCUGUCUGCCCAGGAGCUGGUGGUAUUAGUGAAGAAGAUGGCAGCGGUUGCCAGGAGAUGUUGCCCAUUAAGGGAUGAGCUGCAGUCGGCCUGCGUGGAGGACCAGGCAAAGCUGGUUCUUGGAGAGCUAUGCAGAAGUCACAGUGGGAAGCCUGUCAAUGCAGGAGUGGGCCACUGCUGCGACGACUCCUACGCCUUCAGAAAGCCGUGCUUUGAUGACCUGCAAGUCGAUGGCACUUACAUCUCUCCACCUUUAUCUUGUGACCAAGCCAUUAGCCUUAAAGAGGUCUUGUGCCAAGCUCAGGACGAGGAACUCCAACUGGAAAAGCAAAAGCUCCUCAGCACCCUGGUGAAGCAGAAGCCCCGCACAGCAGAGGACUUGUUCCUUUCCAUUGGUGAGGAUUUUGUGCAACUGGUGGAGAAGUGCUGCCGUGCACAGAGGAGAGACGUGUGUUUUCAAGAAGAGGGACCUCAACUGAUCACGAGGUGCCAGUCCCUCUUGGAGGCCAGCUCAUCGCAGAGCGGGUUGAUGUAGGAUCAUUGCUGAGAUCAGUGCUCUGGAAGGGGGCAGUCGACCGAGAGUCUUCUCAUUGGCUCAGCGCUGUUGCAGAACACUGGCCGGUCCACACCACCUUCCCUUUCAGCAGAUGACCUAUGGAUUCCCAGAUCAGCCCCUCAGAGCUCUCCUACCUCACAGCCUGCCUCUCAAGGGCAGUGGCAGAGACAAGAACCUAAAGAACAUUCAAGGCCUCCAGACUGUUUAAUGUGUGGCCACACCUCGCUGGGAACUGCUGCUGGGUCCCACAGUGGAGGCUUCAAGGUCGACAUGGAGCUGUCUGUACCACAUCUAAGAACAGAGGGAAAGGCACGAAUAAAGUUAUCUUCAUGACUGGGCUCUGAUUCCUGGCUCUCCUGGAUGUAUUCAAAGCUGACUUUGCCAGCAGUGGCGCCCAAUACAUUUAUAUUGAUUUGAGCAGUAAAUUGUA